AUGGGGAUGCUGCUGUUCCCCGGGGAGAGGGGCUGGCUCUGGGGCCCCUGGGCUUCCCUCCUCCGCUGGCUCCAAGGGGAGAAGUCCUGGGCCCGGAGGCUGGACGAGAGCAACCUCUGGCAGCAGAAAAGGAUCUGGGAAUCUCCCCUCCUCUUGGCUGCAAAAGAAAAUGAUGUCUCAGCCAUCCAGAAGAUGCUUGCCAGCCACAGCUGUGACCUUCAUGAGAGAGGUGCUGUUGGGGAGACAGCACUUCAUGUGGCAGCCUUGUACAAUAGCUUGGAAGCAGCCCAGCUGCUGUUGGAGACAGCUCCAGAACUUGUGAAUGAGACUGUGACGUCAGAGCUCUACACUGGGGAGACAGCUCUUCAUAUUGCUGUGGUGAACAAAAAUGUGAACCUGGUGAAAUCUUUGCUGGAGAAGGGGGCCGACAUUAAUGGUCCACGAGCCACUGGAUAUGUCUUCAGGCCUAGGAGUGACAAUCUCAUCUAUUUUGGGGAACAUAUUUUAUCUUUUGCAGCCUGUGCAGGAAGCGAAGAAAUUGUGAGACUGCUAAUUGAACAUGGGGCUAACAUCCGAGUACAAGACUCCUUAGGUAUGGUGUUUUCUUUAGGAUUUGCAGACCUUCAACCAAUGGUCCUCUCUCAGAUUCCAGAUAUCGUCCGAGUUGGAAUCGCCAAGUACUUUGGGCAGACCAUCCUUGGAGGACCGUUCCAUGUCAUCAUCAUCACCUAUGCCUGCAUGAUACUGGUGACCAUGGUGAUGCGUGUUACAAGCACCCAAGGAGAGGUGGUUCCCAUGUCCUUUGCUCUGGUACUUGGCUGGUGUAAUGUCAUGUACUUUGCACGGGGAUUUCAAAUGCUGGGGCCCUUCACCAUUAUGAUCCAAAAGAUGAUCUUUGGAGACCUCUUACGUUUCUGCUGGUUAAUGGCAGUGGUGAUUCUUGGCUUUGCAUCAGCUUUUUAUGUCAUCUUCCAAACAGAAGACCCUGAUGAGUUGGGCCACUUUUAUAACUAUCCCAUGGCACUGUUCAGCACAUUUGAGCUCUUCCUCACAAUUAUUGAUGGACCUGCCAACUAUGAAGUGGACUUGCCUUUCAUGUAUGGCAUCACAUACUCUGCCUUCGCUGUCAUUGCCACUCUGCUUAUGCUCAACCUGCUUAUUGCCAUGAUGGGUGAUACCCACUGGCGCGUGGCCCAUGAGCGGGAUGAGCUUUGGAGAGCUCAGGUUGUUGCCACUACUGUAAUGCUAGAGCGCAAGCUCCCGCGAUGUCUCUGGCCUCGUUCUGGGAUCUGUGGGAAGGAAUAUGGACUUGGUGACAGGUGGUAUCUCAGGGUUGAACAUCGGUAUGAAAUCCGACAGCAAAAACACCAGCUGUGUGGAAAAACACAUGAGCCACAUAGAAGAGAUGCUUUUGAAAAGUACUUGAAAGCCAAACUGGCACCAGGGGGAGAAGACAGCCGGCAUGUUUACUCCACUAAACAGGUACCCUUCGCCACGCCUUCCAGCACACCAAAUUCAUCGCGGAGGAACUCCAGUUGUGGCUGGGAUGUCUUACGGCGCAGCACACUGCUGCAGGGACACACCAAUCAUGCCAUGGAAGAGGAGGAGGUUUACCAUGUGUGAGCCCAGGAACUAUUCCCUCUGUGCCCAGAGAACACACUCACUCUCUAGCACUGAAGACUGUCAGUUCACCAUUGAUGGUUUGGAAACUGGGAUACAUUUCACAAAACCUGAUGCCAGAGAUCAGAAGGCAUUAAUUGCACCUCUUCUUGGCCACAUCCUGUGCUCUCUUCUGCUCCCUCUGUUUGUGAUUGUUUCUUACCAGCUCCACACUUUAUUGUUAGAACCCUUCUGUGAAGGGCAUUGAAAAGCUUCCUUGGAAAUGUCUUAUACUGUCCAGCUGCGCUGAUCAGUAAAGAUAUAGCCCUCAAUGUUUCACUUCAUCUAUCCUCUUGUGUGGGCAGUCUCCCAUACCCCCUCCCCCUUUGCUGUCUCUUGUGCAAGGGACAGGAACAAUGGCAGUGCAAUAAUGUUAUGUUAUUUCCCUACAGGGCAGGAAGACUGUGUGCAGUGGCAUCACUAUAGUGGUGUGGCAAGUGCAGACACCUAAUGCCACCAACAUGACUGUUCCACACCUCAGGCUAAGCUUCAGCCUUAUGCGAGGAGCAGGCUGGACUGGCCUUUAUCUGGAAUAUCACCACCUCUGCCUCCUCUUGGUGUGGCACCCCCUCCUUCUUACCCACCAUGGCUCUGCAGCAGGUUACCUAUUGUAGCAGCUGUCGCUUGUCCCAUUACCACUGUGCACAUGCCUGAAGUCCUGGGUUGGUUGUUAAUGGCUGAGGGGCCGAAGACAACCAUGACCAUGAUGAUAUUGCUGGGUUGGACCUCCUCCAUCUUCCUUAGCAGAGAUGCACUGGGUUCUGCAUAAUGAAGAGGAGGGCUAAGCAGAGGAGAUGGCAGGGGCAAGCAAGCAACUAUUAUAGCCCCUGAAGAAGCAUGCUCAGACCCCAGCACAUCCCUGCCAUGGGAGAUGGACAAGGCUGGCCCCAUCGACAUUGUCACAGUCAUGGUAAUCUUUGUCACCUCAGCCACUACCAAUCGAGCAACGACUACAGGCACAUGCACAGCAAUGGUGAGGGUACCAAUGGCUGCUAUGAUAGGCUAGGCAGCCUGCUGCAGAGCAACAAUAGGGAAGGAGGAACUGCGUCAGGAGGUGGCAGAAGUGGUGAUAUUCCAGAAGAUGUCCCAUUCUAGUCUGCCCUUUGCAUAAGACUGAUGUCUGGCCUGAGGUUGAACAGUCAUGCAGUCUGCACUUGCUGCACAGGCACACCUGUAGUGAUGCCACUUUCUGUGGGGCUUCUGUUCUUGCCUAUCUUUGUCAUUAUUUUAAGAAAACAGACUGUUGCUUGUUUGCACAUGUUAAUUUAAUUAACUAUUGUGUUCGUUUUAAAAAACAAAACCAGCCUGCUCUAGAGGCUGAAGUUUAUGAAAAGACUGGAAGACAAGAUGAGCAUGGAGAAACUGAGCCCUUUCACAAUGGUACCUAGGACCCUUCUCAGUGGUGCUGUGGUAGAAGCCUCAUUUCCCUGUUCUACUCUAUUUGUACUGUUUUAUUCUGGCCUUGUUUUCCUGUUGAAUUCAACUUGUGUCCAGUUUCUUAAUUCCUUAAACUUACCAUUGAUGUCACAAUGUAACUUUGGAAGAGUUUGCAGCCCCUUUUCAUUGUUUUUUGUGGAAAUAGUUCAAAUAAUUAUUAUGUUUGUUUGUUCAAGCAAUUGCACUUCUUCCUUUAUUCAAGCAGCACUGGAUUGAUACAGAAUCCAGAGAAACUCUGGUCAUACAUUCACCUGCAACCAUUAUUUUACAUUUUCUUUAGCCAUAAAGUUUCUGGCCAGAAGCCUACUGGGGCAUUAUGCAUGUGGCUGUACUAC